UAGAUCUUAUUACAUCUGCACAAGAGUAUUUUCUUCCCAGUGAUUUUAAACCAUUAAAUGGACAAACACUAUUGUGUAAUCUGAUAAUUAUUUAACAACUAAAUAAACAAAAACAAGAAAAACAUAGUGACAACAGGAAACUGGAGCAGUAUAUAAGAGGCUGUGGCUCAAGGAGACUUCCAAACUCCAGAACCUCAUUCUCCUGGAAACCUACCCAGAAACUCCGCCCUCUGACACCAUGAACAACUCCUGUUGUGGCUCUGUCUGCUGUGACCAGAGCUGUGGUCAAGAUCUCUGCCAGGAGAGCUGCUGCCGCCCCAGCUGCUGCCAGACCACCUGCUGCAGGACCACCUGCUGCCGCCCCAGCUGCUGUAUCUCCAGCUGCUGCCAGCCCACCUGCUGCCGCCCCAGCUGCUGCAUUUCCAGUUGCUGCAGGCCUUCCUGCUGUAUCUCCAGCUGCUGCCAGCCCACCUGCUGCCGCCCCAGCUGCUGCAUUUCCAGUUGCUGCAGGCCUUCCUGCUGUAUCUCCAGCUGCUGCAGACCCAGUUGCUGCCAGACUUCCUGCUGCAGGACCACCUGCUGCCGCCCCAGCUGCUGUAUCUCCAGCUGCUACAGGCCCCAGUGCUGUCAGUCUGUGUGCUGCCUGCCCACCUGCUGCCAGCCCUCCUGCUGCCAGCCCUCCUGCUGUAUUUCCAGCUGCUGUAGACCCAACUGCUAUGUGUCUGGCUGCUGCCGCCCUUCCUGCUGCCAGACCACCUGCUAUAGAACAACCUGCUUCCGCCCCAUCUGCUGUGGCAGUUCUUGCUGCUGAGUGACCUGCUCUGGAUUUGUGCACCUUCUUUCCCCCAUCCUUCAGU